AUGCUCGAUGAGGCUUCCAUUACUUCUGGGCGGCUGGGGAGACCCAGCGUUGGCGAAGCUGUUCAGGAUGGCCUAGUACCAGGGUCGACUGCCUACGUUGCGCAGCCGCCGUGGACUGACAACUGCUCAAUCAGAGACAACAUCGUGUUUGGAUUUUCCUUUGAACAGGAACGCUAUGAGGGAGUUCUAAAAGCUUGUGCUCUCAACCAAGAUUUCGAGUUCCUCGCAGAUGGCGACGCAACCAUCGCAGGUGCCGGGGGUUCCUCCUUGAGCGGCGGCCAGAAGUGGCGCGUGGCUCUGGCAAGAGCCUUAUACUCCUUAGGAGAAAUUGUAAUUCUUGAAGACGUUCUCGGAGCGGUCGAUACACCGAUAGCGAGUUGGAUCUGCAGUCACGCGCUCACAGGUGACGUCGCGGCAGGGAGGACCGUCAUUCUCGCCACGCACCGUCCUGAGUUCUGCAUCGAGGCGGCCCGAUACGUCGUCACCGUCGAAAACGGAACUGCUGUUGGCAAUUCUUAA